AUGCAGGUUGACGUCGGCCAGCACUCAGUUAACGAGUCUCGUAAUCACAACAUUGAAUCAAAUUUGUGGAUGGCAUACAUAUCGCAUCCGCUAAUUCUCCCAGAUCUUGAGUUAUCGCCAACUCUAACUUGUGCCCGUACAAAGCCACUCGCCUGGCCCUCUAGGCCUAUACCUCUCUUUUUACCCAAUCUACCCAAUGUUCAGACCGUACUUGGUCCUUCGACUGAUUUCCUGUCUACAAUGCAGCCUUUACUAUCAUCUUCUUAUUCCCUCUCUCCAUUGCCAGUAUAUCAUUUCUCAUAUCCAGCUAUGAGUGUGGCCGGCCCCUCGGUAACUACGGGCCAUAAAAGAGACAUCUCGCAGAUCAAACCGAGGCCUCACCGACUUUUUGCUACAGGACCAAUCAAUAGAGACCCGAAGACCGGAGUUCCUUUAGGUUAUUUGGUGAUCCAGUUAGACCAUGUGAGACGAGACUAUUUUUAUUACAUUUGA